AAAAACAAAUAUCUAAACACUUUAAUUAUCCUUUUAAUUUCCCUUAGUGGUGGCAGAAUGAUCCUACUCAUCUUCAUGAAGUCUGUGCUGGGAACAUAGCAAGACAAAAAUCUCCCUGGGCUAGCCUGUUUAUCCAGUGGUAAGGACUUUGGCAGCUCCCUGGUGAGGGCGCUGGUGUGGGCAGGGAGAGGUAGACAGGACAGGAAUCUCUUUCAAAUCACAGACAAAAGGAAACCAGGAAGUCAGGAGAAAUUACUGCUCAUAGCUCAGGAUGUUAAAGGCAAUAGGCUCCCCUGGUUAGUUAAUCAUUAGCAAAAAGGAAAGCUCUGUGGGGGUCAGGACCGGCCAGACCACAGAGACCGACUCAAGCAGGGAGCGAGCUCCUGGCAGAGGCCAAGAAGUGAUCUUCCCUGCAGUUCAUCUCUUUCUUUUACUGACUUGACCUCGGGACAUAAAGCAAGAUGACUCUUCUGUUCUUAGACGUUUGUCUAAAUGAAGCCCUCUUGAUUUCAUUUUUGCUCUGGGAUUCCUAAGCAGAGAAGAAGAUAAGACAUCUUCCCCUGAGCAGCCUCCCAGCUCCCAUUCAGUUUGGUACUGGGACAGCAGCUCCAGCCACAGAAAGCAACCCGGUGAGUGUCCCCAAGCGGGGGUCACUGCAGGCAGAUCUGCCCCUCGUUGUGAAACGGGGCUUUGCACGCUUUCUGAAGCCUAAGGAAUUGGUGCUGACUUCCAAGCUGCCUGGUGGAAGAAGAGAAAGUUGAUCUGCAGACCCUGAGGGGAGAGGGAGAAGCCCCUCUUCCCCUCCCCCUUACCGCAGCACCAUGGGCAACGUUUGUCUGAGGUUCUGGGCAUACUUGCGGCCCUGUCUCCCCUGCUUGUUCCAGGAGGCCGACAAGCCGGGAGUGGUGAUUGAGAACCCCAUGGCCCGCUGCUUCCCCGGUCCUCCCCAGCUGCAGAGUCAGGAGCCUGCGAGAAGCCACGGCCACUACUUUGUGGCUCUGUUUGACUACCAGGCUCGGACCGCAGAGGACCUUAGCUUCCGCACGGGCGACAAGCUCCAAGUCCUGGAUACUUCCCGGGAGGGCUGGUGGUUCGCCAGGCACUUGGAGAAAAGGGGAGAUGGCUCUGGCCAGCCGCUGCAGGGCUAUAUUCCUUCUAACUAUGUGGCUGAGGACAGAAGCCUGCAGGCAGAGCCGUGGUUUUUUGGAGCAAUCAAGAGAACAGAUGCAGAAAAACAACUAUUAUAUUCAGAAAAUCAGACUGGUGCCUUUCUAAUCAGAGAGAGUGAAAGCCAGAAAGGAGAUUUCGCCCUUUCAGUUUUAGAUGAGAGGGCUGUGAAACACUACAGAAUCAGAAGGCUGGAUGAAGGGGCAUUUUUCCUUACCCAGAGAAGAACCUUUUCAACACUGAAUGAAUUUGUGAGCUACUACACCAAGACAAGUGAUGGCCUGUGUGUCCAGCUGGGAAAACCAUGUUUAAAGAUACAAGUGCCAGUGCCUUUUGAUUUGUCGUAUAAAACCGCGGACCAGUGGGAGAUAGACCGCAAGUCCGUCCAGCUUCUGAAGCGAUUAGGAUCUGGGCAGUUUGGUGAAGUGUGGGAAGGACUGUGGAACAACACCACUUCAGUAGCAGUGAAAACAUUAAAACCAGGUUCAAUGGAUCCAAAUGACUUCCUGAGGGAGGCACAGAUAAUGAAGAACCUAAGACAUCCAAAGCUUAUCCAGCUUUAUGCUGUUUGCACUUUGGAAGAUCCAAUUUAUAUUAUUACAGAGUUGAUGAGACAUGGAAGUCUGCAAGAAUAUCUCCAAAAUGAUGCUGGAACAAAAAUCCAUCUGCCUCAGCAGGUGGACAUGGCCGCGCAGGUUGCCUCUGGGAUGGCUUAUCUGGAGUCGCAGAACUACAUUCAUAGAGAUCUAGCUGCCAGAAACGUUCUGGUUGGUGAACAUAAUAUCUACAAAGUUGCAGAUUUUGGACUUGCAAGAGUUUUUAAGGUAGGUAAUGAAGACAUCUAUGAAUCCAAACAUGAAAUAAAGCUGCCAGUGAAGUGGACUGCGCCCGAAGCCAUUCGUGCUAAUAAAUUCAGCAUUAAGUCCGAUGUGUGGUCAUUUGGAAUCCUUCUUUAUGAAAUCAUUACUUAUGGCAAAACGCCUUAUACUGGCAUGACAGGUGCUCAGGUAAUCCAGAUAUUGGGUCAAAACUAUAGACUCCCUCAACCACCUAACUGUCCACCACAGUUCUACAACAUCAUGUGGGAGUGUUGGAAUGCAGACCCUAAGGAAAGGCCAACAUUUGAGAAACUGCAUUGGAAACUUGAAGACUAUUUUGAAACAGACUUUUCAUUUUCGGAUACAAACAACUUUGUAAGAUGAACACUGAAGAAGAACAUUCAAUAAUGAAGUAACAAAAGAGUUCAAUAAUCAGUCCAGAAAUAACAACCUUAUUAAUCGACUGCCAGAAGAGCUUACCUCGACAUAUUCAAGUGAGAAGGUCAACUUGGCCGUGUAUUAUGAAGAAGAUUGUAUGUACACUUCAUUGACUAGGCAACACUGCAGGACAGUCUAAGAUGAUAUUUUAUCACUGUCUGGCAAAAAUCAAACACAUAAACACAGUUACUUUUCUUUUUUAAAAAAAUACUUACAUUUCUAUUUAUUGUUUGAAAUACUGAUCAAGAGGAUCAACAGAUGAUAGUCAAUUUUUACUCAGUGACUGUUGUAGCAUUUUCCUGUUUACUGAUUAAAGUGGUUAUUCAUUAUUCCUCGGAUUGCUGAAUCCCAUCAGGCUGUUAUUAUGAAGGAAUCUGAUUGCUUUGCUGCACAGCAGGACCUGUGCUUUGAGAUUUUUUUUUUCUCUUUUAAAAUAUCCUGUAACUACAAUGAUGGUAAAGCCAUGUGAAAUGACUUGAUUGUACUUGGAGUAAUUGCACAUAUUUUUUUCCUAUGCAUAAAAAAAUGAAGCAGCUGUUGAGAAAAAGAAUUAAAAUUUCUCUCAUUUUGUAGAAGGAAAUGAUGGGGCUUUUCUGUACCUCGGUAUGUGUCAUCUGAGAAUCAUCUACAUUAGUUUUAAUCUCCUAAUGUUAAGAAUCAGAUUGCAAAGCGGAUGAGUUAUUAUCUCUGGAAAUAUGUGAGAAACAUCUAAUAGCCUGCAAAAUCUGAGAAAUAAGUAUAAAAUAGUUCAGGAAAAUGAGAGGAGAGCAGUAGGAUUGCCAUGGCUUGGAUUUCU